UCUGGAUGUAGUCUUACAUCCGAACGAUCCUUCCUCAAUGAGAAGCCAAGAAGACCUGGUGAAAGUUUCCUCUUAAGUUUUCGUGGAGAGAGACUCAGAUACAGAAAUAUCCCUCCUGACCUGAUCCUUACCCGAGCUGCAGCCGGAGAAGCCACUGACAGCUUCGAGACCAGGCCCACCAUGUGCACCACCAGUGCAUGUGACCUGGAGGAGAUCCCCCUGGAUGAUGAUGACCCAAACAGCAUAGAAUUCAAAAUCUUGGCGUUCUAUGUCAAACAACAUGUCUUCAAGAACACCUCUACCGUCAUCUCACCAAAGCCGCUGAGAACAAGAAGUUUGUCCCAGAAAGUAGUGGCGAGUUGUUCAGAAAACGAUUCAUGGACACAGGUGCCGUGGCCUUGCAGAAAUUCCAAAUCCAGUGAGAAGACUAUAAACCUUGCCAAGAAAAAGUCUUCUUGGAGAACACUCUUUGGAGUCAUAGAGAAGGGGGAAGAUGCACAGAGCUCACCUACAGAGGUCUAUGCUCAGGGUAGAGGAGUACCGGAACAUCAGGGUCCUCGCAGUCGGCAGUCAUCGAGGUCCCUUUCUAAUGUGGAACAGUCCUCAGAGAACGAAGCUGUGGAUCCCAAAGUUGUCUCCAUUGCCAACCGAGUUGCUGAAAUUGUUUAUUCCUGGCCGCCUCCAGAAGAGCCCCGGAAGAAUGGAAGACGCGCCAAGCUUGACGGGUUUAUUAAACUGGGUUACCCCCCUCAGCCCGAGUGCUCCCAGUCUACAGCUGCAAGCGCCAAGAAAGAUGAAGAAGACCAAAACAUAGCCAAAAUCGUUGAGCUGCUGAAAUAUUCAGGGGAUCAGUUGCAAAGAGAGCUGGAGAGAGAGAAGGGUUUGAUGAACAGCUUCCAGGAUGGGCUGCCCUACUCUGUUUUCAAGACCAUUACCGACCAGUUCCUAAGGGGUGUGGACACCAGGGGAGAAUCCGAGGUCAAAGCUCAGAGCUUUAAGGCCGCUCUCGCGAUAGACGUCAUGGCCAAACUCACUGCCAUCGACAACCACCCCAUGAAUAGGGUGCUGGGCUUUGGAACCAAGUACCUGAAAGAGAACUUCUCACCCUGGGUCCAGCAGCAUGGUGGAUGGGAAAAAGUACUUGGGAUAUCACAUGAAGAAUUAGACUGAAACAUCAGAAGAUUUGUAAUCUGGAAUACUCAUUGUCCAAUUGUGGUCCUGUGUACAUCAGUCUCAGCAUAGACCAAGGGAGAAAAUUAAAAUGCACAAGGCAGAUGGAGCAUUGAAGUGUUCAAACACAUUAUUCCUGUGAGUCAGGAGGCAUCAGGAGAUGCCUUGUUCGUCUCCAGCUCAUAGAAUGUAGUAGCAUGGUCCUUGACAUCCAUGUUUUUCAGGCCCUCCAUUGAGUGUGUGAGGAAGUCUAGAAGGACAAGUGGCAAUUUUCCUUUCAAAUGUUCAGAACAGAAACCAUCCUACUGCCCCUGCUAGCCGCUUUACAGAAAGUGUGUUACAGGUAUUGGCUGAUCUCAUAAGGGUGAAAUGACAAAUCGUGCAUGUGAUUACUCUUUGGUUUCUGGUACUAUUUAUUUUUUAAACUACACUUGGGAUGGCCUAAUAAUGACAUUGUUUCAAGCUUGCCUCUAGGAAGAUGUUGCUGUUCAUGUUGGUAGACAUAGCUCAAAGAGACUCUUGAAUUUACUCUUGUAGACACUAGUUUAGGGAGAUACUGCCAUAUCUGCCUUUUUGACUCACUUCUCUGGGAAAAUUCUUUGGCAGUUUGAAAAACAUCCACUUGGGAAAAACAAUUACUCCUACCACCCACAACUCUCUCAGUGACCCCACCUCUACUUCUCAAGGUCUCUGGGAUUUUCUUUGUUAUUUCUUGAGGUAGUGUAAUAAUUAGUACCUGGUAAAAUAAAUAUGUGGAAAGACCACUUAUGAUGUGGAAAGAGAGAAUGUUUACAAGAGAAUGGUUAAAAUAAGUAAUAAGUAAUAGUACUAAGAUUUCUGUAAGGAUCAGAGGGAGUUAAUUCAUCAAAAGUGCUUACAAUAGUGGUUGGCAUUUGGCGCUCAGGGUUCACUUACAUUCACUAUUAGGCACUGCCCUCAGCUCAGCUGAAAAUUUCCUCUCCUCUCAAAGCAGUCACUGAUUGUUUUUCUGAAAUUGAUACUGUUCAGAAUGAGUUUUUCUAGUAAGUGAAAUACGUUACAUAGAAAAUGUUUAAGACACACAACAAUUUUAAAAAAUACUGUCAAAUUAUAGAGUCUUACAAAUUUCUGGAUCCCUAGCACCCAGCAUGAAACCUGAUGAAAAAUGGA